UGUGUACAAACAUACAAUUCAACAAACGGUGGUUCUGUGCGAAAUGGCGAGUUUUUCACGCGAAAUUAAUACUAUUUGUCGGCUUUGCUUAUCUGCUAAUAUUGCCACUCUAUUACCUACCUCGAAAAUAAUCGAUUCCAUGCUGACUCUUGAGGAUAUUGAACGAUUUACGGGUAUACGCGUGGAAGAUGAAAACGUAUCUUACGUUAUUUGCGAAGAUUGCCAUAAUAAGCUGCGAAAGUCUACGACGUUUCGUGCGUGCUGCAUGAACAACGAUGUACGAUUCAGGAAAAUGGUUCAAACGAUGUGUGAAAAGAGCGACGAAAAUUUAAUAACGAUUCAGGAGACAAUCGUGCAUCCCACAAACGUUCGUUUGGCUGUAAAUAACGAACCAUACAAACAUGUCCUUGAUAACAAUUUUACAAUUACAUACGUCGAGUCACCGUUCGAUGAACAUGCAGAGGAAGUUGAUGGUGUAAAGAACGAUGGAAAUUCUGAUACUAAUGAAGAUGUUGUUGAAAUCAUUGUACAAACCGAUUUGCAAACCAAUCGUACCGCGUUGAACAUUUCGCAAAAUGAAAAGCGAAGAAAAAAUGCUGCACAAAAUGUUCCAAAUGCCAUGUCUCGUAAUAAGGGGAAAAGUAAAGAGCGUAAAUCGCACAAGAAAUGCGAUCGAAAAUCCCCAUUAUUUAAAUCAACAAUCCAAAAACAGCUGUGCCCGAUGUGUGGGAAGCUUGUGCAAUAUCUUCCCGACCACAUUGUGUCGCACACGAAGGAGCAAAAGUUCGCCUGUGAGCAUUGUCCAAUGACAUGUAGUCGCAAAUCUUAUUUAAAAUUGCACGUGGAAGCUGUUCAUCUGAAGAAGGUGGUAAAGUCUUGUGAAAUAUGUAAUCGAGAUUUUACACACAUAUCGGGCUACACAGCGCACAUGCGUGCGCAACAUAAUGUUGGAGAUUGGUACGUAUGUACAAUAUGCAACCUGAAGUUCCGCCAUCCGGGUGGCUUAAGGGGACAUAACAAUCGUAAGCAUAAUGCCGAUAGCAACUGCGAAUGUCCAACUUGUGGGAUGAAGUUUGAAGAUAAGAAGGGUUUAAAGGAUCAUAGUAGAGUGCAUUCGAACGAGAAACCGUUCGCUUGUACUUUUUGUCCAAAACGAUUUAAAAGCCCUAAUGCGCAUAGGACCCACAUGCUGAUACACAAAGGUGUCGUUUUCGCAUGCACUUUGUGUGAUAAAAGUUAUCGUUACAAAACCUUACUGAAUGCGCACAUGAAAAAGGUUCAUUUACAAGAGAAUCUUCAAAAUGAUCGCCAUUGAAAGAAUUAGCUGAAUAUAAAUGUCCAAAUAAUAAAUUUUAAAAUCCAAUAACUUUCUUUCUAUUUCGAAAAAAGGGGAACAGGGUAUGAUCAGCAGUUAAAUGUUAUAGCAACUGUUCGUAGAAACGCGGCUUAAGGUCGUUAGUGAGUUUGACAUUGCUUGCCAUCAAAGAACGCUAUGUUGUUGAUGGUAAACAAAUUAUAUUGCUGCGUGCGAUGGCGAGCAAUGCUUGUGAAAUUAAUAGCAUUUGUCGGCUUUGUUUGUGCGACGACAAAUGCAUUUUAUUUCCCAUGACGUACAUAAUCGAUUCAUCGCUAACUGAAGAGGAUAUAGAACAAUUUACAAGCCUACAGUUGUUUGGUGAAGAAAUGACUAACCACACGAUUUGUGUCGAUUGCGCCAAUAAGCUGAAACAGUGCGCGUUGUUUCGCACACUUUGCUUAAGCAGUGAUGUCGAAUUUAAGCGGCUGUUAGCGAUGAGUAUUGAAAACAAGGAACGUCUCCAUACACAACUCGACACUGCAAGUGUGGACGCGUCAGGAGAACAGUUUAAAUCUACAAUAGAAGUUGUAAUUGUCGAUGAAGGUGACAAAAACUCCAAUCUGGAGUUUGCAUUGACAGAUCAGCCGGUUGAUAAAUGUAACGCUAGUGGUAACGAUUGGUCUGAUGGAUUCGAGCGCAGAUGUGAACAGCAAACAGAUAGCGUAGUUAUCAAACCCCUUGAAGACGAUGAGAGAAAUGGUGAAGAUAGCAGAUGCACCAGUCUAAACAUUGAGGAAGAAUAUAAAAAAAUUUCACAGUGCAAGCAGCCGAAAGGCAAAAACCCUGUGAAAACAAACCCCACAUCGGACCCUCGACGUUUCUAUCGUCAUUGUGAGAUCUGUAAGAAGGACGUAUCGGAUCUAAAACGCCAUGUGCUAACUCAUGCGAAAGAUGAUAGAUUCGCUUGUCCCUACUGUCCACACAAAAUGGGUUUUCGAACGCAUUUAAAAAAGCACAUCAAGACUGUUCAUCGAAGUGAAAUAAGUAUAGCGUGUGAUGUAUGUGGAUUAGAUUUCCUUAGUCCAAUUACGCAUAAGAAUCAUAUGGUUUCUCAGCAUGGAACGGGCGAACAUGAAUGUAAAACCUGUUCGAAGAAGUUUACCCACAUCAGAAAAUUAAACACCCAUGUACGCCGUGCCCAUCGCUCAAAUAGGAAACAGAAGCGUCUCUGCGGCAUUUGUGGCGCCAUGGUCCUCAAUAUCCGGAUGCAUAUGCGAAGACAUACACAGGAAAAGAAGCAUCCCUGUCCCCACUGUCCGAUCGAAAUGGUAGAUCGUACAAAUUUGAUCCGCCACGUACAAUCGGUGCACCUGCAGCAGGAUGUGAAAACGUGCAAUAUAUGCAACAUAGGGUUCAAGUACCAUUGCUCUUACAGAUCGCACAUGCUUCGACUCCAUGGUAUUGGUAACUCAGUCGAUUGUACCUUGUGUUCAAGAAAGUUCAAUACUCGAACCGGAUUAUACAACCACAUGAUACGUGUGCACAGUAAUGUGAGAAAAUUUGAAUGCGAAACUUGUGGUUCAACGUUUAAAUUAAGGGUACAACUAGAAAGCCAUCAGCUGGUUCAUUCAACAGAAAAAAAGUUUGCUUGCAAUCAAUGUCCAAAACGAUUUAAAUUCAGUCGUGGUCGAGAUUCACAUCAGCUGACCCAUACCGGUAUCGUUUUUCCUUGUCCGCACUGUGACAAAACAUAUCGGUACAAAGACGCACUUAGUAUGCACAUCCGGCAGAAACAUGUGGCAACGAAGACGACCGAUUCUUAAAAGCAUACAGGAUUAUCUUCAACUGGGUUGUGGUAGGUUGCCAUUUGCAGAAACCGCAACCCGAAUGACAUUCAGUGUUCUGAACCACUGGAUCGCCCAUAAUUUCUUGUGGUAUGCCAAUAUAUCGAAUAGGUCUUAGUUUAUAACGAUUAAUAACUGAAAAAUACAUUUUAAUAUGAUGUUUUAA